AUGAAGCACAGAUGCUGCGCUGACAGCCCGUCAGAUCCCGCAGUCCACCGAGACGGAGAUACAUCCAGCGAGCUUGAGGCUAUAGCCACAAGAGCGAACUUGGAGCAGGCCCAUAAUACACAAGCAGUGGCGGAUGAAGGAACAGAGACGCUCGCAGAACUUACGUCUCCCAUAUCUUUGCGGAGAACCUCGUCGUCUCGUCGCGAGCCGUCUGCCAUACUCGAGAGCGCGGAAUCGUGCAUUGCUACGCCCCGUGAACAUCUCCAAUCGGAAUUAAAACUAUCCCACCAUGCAACCCGGCUAUAUACCGUCUCCUAUUUGGUCUUCUUCUCAAUAUUCGGCACCUUGGCUCGAAUCGGGCUGCAGGCUUUGACGGUGUACCCUGGGGCGCCAAUCACCACGGGUGUAAUCUGGGCAAACGUCGGCGGAUGUCUGCUUAUCGGGUUUUUUGCAGAGGAUAGCAACCUCUUCCGUAACGAAUGGGGCAACGGCUGUGCAAGAGAGGAGAAGUUUAACGGCAAUGGUGAUGAGUUGCAGCAGCAAGAAGCUGAUCGCAAUGACGAGGAGGAUACAGACGGGUGGCUGGCAAGGCACAAGGCAGUUAAGAAGACCAUUCCUCUGUAUAUCGGGUUAACCACUGGCUUCUGCGGCUCGUUCACCUCCUUUUCAUCGUUCAUGCUCGAUGCGUUUCGCGCAUUGUCAAAUACCCUACCGAACCCGAAUACGAGCACAAUCGCCCCUCGACAUGGGGGAUAUAGCUUCAUGGCGGUCGUGGCAGUUAUUCUAUACACGCUUUUACUCUGUCUAUCUUCAAUAAUCGUCGGAGCACAUCUCGCAGAUGGGCUUUCCUACUUCACGCCAUCACUCCCCUUCAGGUUUCUCCGCAAAGUUCUUGAUCGUCUAGUCGUCGUACUGGCGUUUGGCUGCUGGAUUGGCGCUAUAUUUCUUGCCAUCUGGACACCAGACAGGGAUAAACCAAUUCAAGAGCAGCAUUGGCGUGGUUCAGCUGAAUUCGCCAUCAUAUUUGCUCCUCUCGGUUGUCUGUUUCGGUUCUAUGCUUCCUUGUACUUGAACCCUAUUAUUCCGUCAUUCCCUCUCGGAACAUUCUUGGUUAACAUGGUAGGGACGCUAGUUCUAGGCAUGUGCUUUGAUUUGCAGCAUGCCGGCACCAUUGCAGCUAAAACCAGCGUGGACGGUAUACCUGAUUCCCAUCGUCUACUCAGCUGCCAGGUUCUAAAGGGCGUCAUGGAUGGAUUUUGCGGAUGUACAACUACAAUAUAUUAUAUGAAAGAAAGCCCCAGGGCUAAUAACAGGCCAGAACGCCAUAUAUCUCAAACAACCAAAUCUCCUUGGACGUCGCCAAAACCCAAGCCUCCAUCGCUAUUCCCAUUACGAUUCACCCUCGCUGGAGUUUCGCUGGUACCACUCGAACUGCUAUGGUUAUGA